AGCAUAGCAACCGCCCAAUUAAUCCCAUGUACCACUGUCCACUAUAGUGUCUACCGCCACCGCCAACCCCCCAACUCUCUCUCUCUCUCUCUCUUCUCUUUCUCUCUCCUUUCUUUUUUCCGCCAAUUCACGACAUAGGAGCAAAGGAACAGCGAUACUUCUCGUGAUUUGCAGCUCUACUACUGUUGUAUUUUCAACUCCUUUCCCCCCUCCCCUCUCUCUCUCCAUUCAAUCCCCAAACAACAUCACCUUCCUUUUCCCGUGCCCUAAACAGUCUCCCCUCCUCCUUUUUCUCUCUCUCUCACACGCUCUCGUUCCAUCAAACCCUUAACAGUACGCACCUUUUGGUUGAACUGUCUUACGAGCACAGUCUCGGUGGCUGGGGUUGCUCUGGUCUUGUUUUCUGAUUUGAAUGCUGAAUGAUAGAUGCAGUGCGGAGAUCUCCACACAUCUUUCAAUUUCUGGAUAUAGUAUGGUUGCAGACAAUUUUGGACGAUAGGUGGCACAUUUCUUGGCAAAUGGGUAUCUUUUUCCUGACAAAUGCUUUGUGAAAAAUAGACUAGCGUAGCAUAGCAGCACCAGAUCCAUGAUGUGUGGUAUUUAGACGAAUCCCGUAAACAUGGAUAAAAUCGCUGGUUCUUCUGAAAUUGUUGAAGCAAUGGAAGAAUUUUAUUCAGAAUCGAAGCUGGAUGAACAUGCGGGAAAGCGUCGUAUGCUGAAGCUGAAGCCUGGACAAAUAUGUUCUAUAGAGGAUGAUAUUAACAAACUUUUUGAAGCAAUAGACAUCAGGACAGUGGGUAGGAGUAGGGGUUUGAUGGAACAAGUCGGUAAAGACAGUUUAUGGAAGAGUGCUAUGAAAAGACCGAUGAGACCUGGUUCAUCUCAAGCUUCUGGAAUUGGAAUUUCUGAAUCUGUGAGUUUGAAGCAGGCAUUGAGAGGGUUAUGCUUAUCCCAGGCAUCCGAAAUGGCUGCUAUGAAGAGGUUAUCCAAACAAGCAGAUUCUUCAAGGUCCUCAGAAGCCGGAACUAUCAAAAGGUUGUAUACUGCAGUGGUAGUUGAAGCCAGUGAAUCCGGUCCACUUGAUGCAGGUAAAGGUAACUUGGUGGAAAUCUCCCUUGUUCCAGAAGGAAGCACAUCAAAUUUCUCUGAGAAGACAUCUGAAUCUGGGAAAUUUCCCAAGCAGGAACUACCGAACCAACAUGCUCACUCGUCUACUCUUUUGGUGGAGGAAUCUACACCGAAGGAAGAAAUGACCAAGAUACUACCAGGGGAUGAGACUGUUCCUUUGCCCACACAUGGUGGGUAUGAAUUUUCAAUGCUGAGGUUAGGGUGGAAUGGUAAGCCAAAAUUGACACACUCUUCAUCCAUCACUCACACUAAGGAGAAAUUGCCAGUGGUAGAUGAGAUUAUUCCCACCUCAGGUGAAUUUCCAGUCAAAUCAUUAGAGCGAGACAAGGAGCAGAAAGGGAAGUUGGAUUUUGCAUCUUCUCUUUCCAGCGAUAAUAGUGCUAGCAACAAUGGUAUCAAAUCUACUAACAGCAGUCGACAUGUAAUGCGGCCAGUUUUCAGGAACAAGAACUUUCUCAAGAAGAAUGCUAAGCAGGAUUCUACUUCUAUUCCAUGUGAUAGUGGAGUAGAUCAUGGUUUGAGUCCUAGCACGAGCAAAAUGGUUUGUGAGGGGCCCAAAUGUACUCCAGGCUAUGGAAAUAUAGAAAAGGAGAAGUCAUCUCCCACAUCAAGCUCUGCAAAUGCUGGAUCUGAAGUUAGUUCAAUUGCCAUGGACUUGGGUCCCGAUAAACCAGCUUUAAGUUCAAGUUUUGGUAAUAGUACUAGAUAUAUGGUUUCAAAAGCUGAUGAAAAAUCCAGAUCAAGAGAAAAGGGGGAGUUCUCUCAGAGUUCAAAGAGUAGCAUUGGUGAGUACAGCAGUAGUACAAGCAAUAGUGAAGAGAGCACACUAAGUGGGUCCAGCCGCAGUGGUUAUAGACCGCACAUGUCAAAAGACUUGAGGUGGGAAGCCAUUCGCCAUGUGCAGAAGCAGCACGGAAGCAUUGGUUUGAGACACUUCAAGCUGCUCAAGAAACUUGGGAGUGGGGACAUUGGGACUGUUUACCUUUCUGAGUUAACUAGCACAAACUGCUUGUUUGCUUUGAAAAUUAUGGACAAUGAGUUUUUGGGUAACAGGAAGAAAUUGCAUCGGGCUCAAACUGAAAGGGAGAUACUGCAAAUACUGGAUCAUCCGUUUCUGCCCACUCUAUUUGCUCAUUUUACGACAGAUAGAUUCACGUGCUUGGUUAUGGAACAUUGUCCAGGUGGAGAUCUGCAUGUGCUUCGGCAGAAGCAACCUAACAAGAGUUUCUCUGAACAAGCAGCCAGGUUUUACGUUGCUGAAGUCCUCCUGGCAUUAGAGUAUCUACACAUGCUCGGAGUCGUUUACCGAGAUUUGAAACCAGAAAACAUCUUGGUCCGAGAAGACGGUCACAUCAUGCUUUCAGAUUUCGACUUGUCACUACGAUGUGCUGUUGUCAAUCCUACUCUCCUCAAGUCGUCACCUGUCAUUGAGUCGCCUAAAGGGGAAUCAUCAAAUCCAUGCACAGACUCGAGCUGCAUACACCCUUUCUGCCUCCAACCCUCAUGGCAAGUCCCUUGCUUCACACCUAGGCUUUUAUCCACUGCAGCAAAAACCCGAAAGCUGAAGCCCGACUUAGCCGCCCAAGUGACCCCACUUCCGCAGCUCGUAGUGGAGCCCACAACUGCCCGGUCUAAUUCCUUUGUAGGGACCCACGAGUACUUGGCCCCGGAGAUCAUCAAAGGAGAAGGUCAUGGGAGUGCGGUUGAUUGGUGGACGUUGGGAAUCUUCAUGUACGAACUAGUUUAUGGCAGGACACCGUUCAAGGGUCCCACAAAUGAGGAUACAUUGUCGAAUGUGGUAUCGCGUAGUCUCAAGUUCCCUUCUAUCCCUGGUGUAGGUUCACAUACUAGGGGCUUGAUCAGAGGGUUGUUGGUGAAGGAUCCUGCGAAUAGGUUGGGUUCUGUGAAAGGGGCAGCUGAGAUCAAGCAGCAUCCGUUUUUCGAGGGGAUUAAUUGGGCUUUGAUACGGUGUGCAAUCCCACCAGAGAUGCCCAAGAUCUGUGAUGUUGGGAAUUUUGCUGCGGAAACACCAUUGCAGAAUAAGGAAAGCGCUAGGUGUCCAGAAGAAUGUAAGAGUAUAGGAGAGAAUUUGGAGUUUGAGAUGUUUUAGCUUGAAUAACUUUGGUGCUCUGGUUUUCAGUUUGAAAAUGAGGGUUUCUCAUCCUUGGUUGUUUCUCAAAUACAGCAAUAUAGCAUAUAGUGUACAUUGUUAACUUGAAGGAGUUGUGGCAAGUUAAAGGGUAUGACAUAAUGAUAGUGAAUUGUUGUCC